AUGACUUUGGAAUUACCCAUAGAAAAACGACAAAAGAUUAAAAACAUGUUGUCCAGGCUGUUAUCAGACAGGAAAAUAAAAAUUCAAAAUUUAGCUGAAAGCAUAGGUGUCUUGGUCGCAGCUUGUCCUGCCGUGGCUUAUGGCUGGUUGUAUUAUAAGGAACUCGAGUUAGUUAAAAGAAAAGCGCUAAAUCUUUUUGACAAUAACCCUAAUAAGAUUACAAAUUUAUCGGACAGUGCAAUUAGUGAUUUAAAAUGGUGGGACUCUCAGAUUUUUGUAACUAAAAACAAAAUUAGAACUAGCACUUUUGAUCUCGAGAUAUUUUCCGAUGCAUCCAAGUCUGGCUGGGGAGCCACUUGUGGAAAUGAGAAGGCCAGGGGUUUAUGGAGUAAGGAAGAAAGAAUGAUGCACAUUAAUUAUCUCGAAAUCAAAGCAGCAUUUUUAGCGUUAAAAUGUUUUGCCUCUUCACUUUUUAACAAACAGAUCCUCUUAAGAAUAGACAAUCUCACGGCAUUGGCUUAUAUUAACAAAAUGGGAGGAAUUAAACAUAGGGACUUGCACAUAAUGUCAAAAAGAAUUUGGGAAUGGAGUAAAACUCGAGAAAUUUGGUUAUUCGCUGAAUAUAUUGCAUCCAAAGAAAAUCCAGCCGAUGAAGGGUCCAGAAUUUCAAAUCCGGAUACUGAGUGGGAAUUAUCCGAUUUUGCUUUUAAGUUGUUAGUCAAAAAACUAGGAAACCCAUCUAUUGAUUUAUUCGCUUCUCGAAUUAACAAAAAAUGCGCUAGAUACUGCUCAUGGGACCGAGACCCUGAUGCCCUAGCAAUUAACGCGUUUACGAUCUCCUGGAAAAAUGAUUUUUGGUAUGCCUUUCCUCCAUUCGCUUUAAUAAGCAGAAUUUUAAAAAAGAUCCGGGAAGAGGGUUCUCAAGGCAUUUUAGUUGUACCAUUUUGGACAGGGCAACCUUGGUUUCCAAUUUUUAAACAAUUACUUAUUUCCGAAUUAAUUGAAUUCAAUCCAAGUAAUAAUUUGUUACUUUCUCCUUGCAGGACACUCACUCAUCCGCUAGCAGCAGAUCUUAUCCUGGUUUCGGGAAUUGUAUCCGGGAGGCUUUCCAGAAAAAGAACUUGGACGAAGACACAAUCGAAAUAA